AAAAACCAGAACCUGAGGAAUCAGAGAGAGGGAGAGAGAGAGAGAGAGAUGAGUAGGAGGAACAAGGGGAAGACGGAAAAGGAUCAAGUGGAAGAGUUGCUUCGAGCAGCACAGGACGACAUGCUUCUAAGUGUGUCCGUAGACUCUCACAUAUCCCGUCUUUCUGACGUGGACCGGCGUUUUCAAGCCCUCAAGCUCAACAAAGUUGCAGAUGCCCUCAAGUCUCCUCCACCUAAAGUUGCCGAUUCCAGUGCUAUUCAGGUGGAUGUGGACCAUGAGCUCAAAGCAGUCCUCGGAGACGACCUCUCCGCCAGAUUCGCAGCUCUCAAAGCCUCAAUGCCUAUGCCAUCCUCCUCCAUGGGCCCCAGCUCCGCCUUGCAGGCCGACGACGACCCCGUUGAUGAAGACGAUGAAGUUGAAAAGCUGAUACGUUGGGCCAAGGACGCUGCUCGCCUUGACCCUUCUCCACCCUCCGACGAUGAAGAUUGAAAUUUUCAGGCUUCAACCGUGCAUCAAUCAGUCUCACUUUCUCUUUAUCAAUUACUCUUUUGCUUUGUUAUUUGGCUCAAACCCAAUGUCCCAAACCAUACAAUUAUAUAUUCUUCUUUUAUUAUAA